AUGUUCGAAAUUAAAAGAAUCUGUUGCAUUGGUGCCGGCUACGUGGGAGGCCCAACAUGCAGUGUGAUAGCCCAAAUGUGUCCAGAGAUCACCGUGACUGUUGUCGAUAUCAACGAGUUCCGAAUCAAUGCCUGGAACUCAGACACGCUUCCCAUAUAUGAGCCUGGCCUGAAAGAGGUGGUUGAAUCAUGCAGAGGGAGGAACUUAUUUUUUUCCACAGACAUUGACUCAGCCAUUAGGGACGCUGACCUUGUUUUUAUCUCCGUAAACACCCCCACCAAGACCUACGGCAUGGGGAAAGGCCGUGCCGCCGAUCUCAAGUAUAUUGAAUCGUGCGCUCGGAGGAUUGUGGAGGUAUCUGAUGGCUACAAGAUAGUCACAGAGAAAAGCACUGUCCCGGUGCGAGCUGCUGAGAGCAUUCGCCGGAUCUUCGACGCAAACACCAAGCCUAGCCUCAACCUACAUGUGUUGUCCAACCCUGAGUUUCUUGCUGAGGGAACAGCGGUGAAGAAUUUGAAGGAGCCUGACCGCGUCCUGAUUGGUGGAGAUGAGACACCAGAGGGUCAAAGUGCAAUCAAAGCAUUAUGUGCCGUGUAUGAACACUGGGUGCCCAAGGCCAGAAUCAUCACCACUAACACGUGGUCAUCAGAGCUGUCCAAACUGGCAGCAAAUGCAUUCCUAGCGCAGCGAAUCAGCAGCAUCAACAGUAUCAGUGCGCUGUGCGAGGCCACCGGGGCUGAUGUGGAGGAGGUCGCUAAGGCCAUUGGCAUGGACCAGAGAAUAGGCAGCAGCUUUCUCAAAGCCAGCGUGGGUUUCGGUGGAAGCUGUUUUCAGAAGGAUGUACUCAAUCUGGUUUAUUUGUGUGAAGCCUUAAACCUGCCUGAGGUCGCAUCCUACUGGCAACAGGUGAUUGAUAUGAAUGAGUACCAAAGACGUCGGUUUGCCUGUAGGAUCAUUGACUGCCUCUUCAACACAGUGACAGGCAAAAAAAUUGCUCUGCUGGGCUUCUCUUUCAAAAAAGACACUGGAGACACGAGAGAGUCAUCCAGUAUUUACAUCUGCAAAUAUCUGAUGGAUGAAGGGGCGAAACUAUUCAUCUAUGACCCAAAAGUUCUUAAACAGCAAAUUAUUCAGGACCUUAAACAGCCCAGCAUCUCCGAAGACAAACCUGAAAGAGUUUCAGAGCUGGUGACAGUGACCACGGACCCUUACGAGGCUUGCAAGAGUGCACACGCAUUAGUCAUCUGUACCGAGUGGGACAUGUUUAAGGAACUGGAUUAUAAGAAGAUUUACAAAACCAUGCUCAAGCCAGCCUUUAUAUUUGAUGGUCGCAGAGUGCUGGACCACCUCCACGCACACCUUCAGGACAUCGGUUUCCAGAUUGAAAUCAUCGGGAAGAAACUGGCUGCAGCACGAGUUCCUUACACUCCUGCUGCUGUAUGUCCCCCCAUUAAUGCCAAUGAGCCUUCUGUCAAGAAAGCCAAAGUUUAA